AUGAGCUCGACGACCGCGACGACCACCAAUGCGAAGCCCGCCCAGGCGGCCGCGCUAUCAGCGGGAAAGGCCAUCGAUGUCCUACCCAGCCAAACUUCCCAGCUGUUUGCCAAUCUCCAUCCAAUUCUUCUACUGUCCUUGAUCCCCAUCGCCUUCCGCAGCUUGGUCAGCGAUCCGGUCAACACCCUUCUUGGUCUCGCGCCGACCACGCUCGUAGUCCAGGCGAUCUACUGCAUACUGACGAGACCACAGCCGGCCUUCCUCUCCCUCGUGCUUACCUUCUUCCUGUCUGCGCCGCUACUGUACAUCACUGUCAUCCUCUUCGGCGCCCCGCUUGUCUCGCACCUGCCGCAUACCGCACUCUUAGCUUUACACUUAGCUCUCCUGACUACGCCUCAGUUGUUCUACGUCCAUGGCCUCGACACAUCGACCUGGUUGCGACUUGCGAGUCUGCAGCAACCAAUCGACCAGAUCUAUGGUCUUUCGCUGGGAGCUUGUGUUGGUGCGUGGCUGGGCGCAAUACCUAUACCACUGGACUGGGAUCGGGCAUGGCAGAAAUGGCCCGUUACCAUCAUUUGUGGCAUGUACAUCGGAGCCGUCGUAGGAAAGCUUGUGGGAGGCUAUCUGCUCAAAGGCGUCCGGAUGAAAAUGAAUUAA